CUUUUCAAUGUAUUUGAUAAGUUGAAACUAGUUUUGUAUUUUAUUGCAUUGUUGGCCUGCGGGAAAUAAUAUUUUCAAAUUCAUAGUCUCUCUUAUUGAUUAUGAUAUGGAGAAAACAUAUCAUAUUCUAUUUCGUUUCUCUAUUUAUGAAACUAAAAAGAACCGGAUAUGAAAAUCCUUUAAAAAUAAUCGAAUAAUAACCUUGAGAGUUUCUGUUAACAAAGAAGGAGCAAUAGCGCGAUAAUGUGUGAAUACAAAAUGUGAAUUAAAUCGGACUUUUAGGAGUUGGUUUUUUAUGUUUUGAGCUUAUUUCGUAACUUGUUAUGCUAAAUGUGAUAAUAUUAGGAAAUAUCAUAAUGGUAUAUUCAAACUUGAGCGCACGUUUAAAGUGUGGUAACAUGUGAACUGUCAGGAUUUGUUAUUUUCUAUGACUGGGAUUCAGAUUCGGAAAGAAAGUGUCACCAGGAGAGGUGUUACCAGGCGCUUUAGCAAAUGCAUUUGAUAGCUAUAAUGAUGGACAAGAAAAGGAAUUUACUGUUUGUUCCAGUCACUCUCUCUCCAACACCCAUCGGUGACCCCGUCUCUGUGCCCAAGGAGCCAGAGUACGAUCAGGUGUAUGUCCCCAGUGCGCAAGUUAGUAACGCGAAUGCUCCGUCUCCCUCUGUUGAGGAAGAACAGGCAUGUAGUUUGGAAAAAUGUGUUGACGUUAAGCGUAAAAAUGUAAACUUAAAGAAAGGUGGUUUAGGAAAGAUUAAGAAACAGAAAGAUAAACUUAUAUCGUUCCUAAAGAAUCAGGAUCCUCUUUUGCCUGGGGUUUUAAAUAAUUCACGCGUAAGUAGCGGCUGUUCCGAGUCCAGUGGCGAUCAUUUCAAUAACGUUGCCAAUCCGAGGGUUGAAAUUAGCACUCCAAUAUUGCAAGAUACAACACAUGUUGGAAUUAACUCGGAUAUUGUUUUAGAUACACAGAAUUCAACACAGGAAAAAAUAGAUGUGCAACCAACUCAUCAAAGACCAAAGAAACGUGCUUUAGAAAAUAUUAAGAAAAAUAUAGUUGACAAACCGAGGGUUGAAAUCAGCUCCCCAGUAUUACUUGAUACGACACAUGUUUUAGAUAUGCACAACUCACCAAAAGAAAGUAAAAAUGUGCAAUCAUCACCUUUUCCAUCACCAAAGAAAAUGGAAAAAGAAGCAAGUGUUGUUCAACUAGCAGAUGCUUACAUUGAAUUUAAGCUUGAUCCAGCAGCAGGCGAUGAAUUAGCAAGGUUAAGUGUUUCCAAGCAAAACUCUCGGCCUGAUCCCCCGUCUCGACCCCCUCCUUCACCAAGGCUAGCUGGGCCUUCACACAAAGCUCAAUCAAAGCCGAGCCCAGUCAUAGGCAAUCAGACAAAAUGCGAUCACCUAGAAGGAUAUCUUACACCAAGUCCACAAUUAUUGCCGAGGGCGCCCGGUUAUUUGGAUGAAAAAAGUCCAUCAAUGUAUGACUACGCUGUUGAUAGUGACAAUGAAACAAAUAUAACAUUAUAUGACAGUAGUGAUUCUAGUUACGAAGAUGUUGAUGCGAAACAUAAAGCAGUAAGUAUGAAACUGAAUCAAACUGCUGCAAAUAAGUUCAGUCCUUCUCCCCCUACAGAUUAUCUCCUGCCUCUAAACAAACGAUCACUACCAUCUUCUCCACGUGAUUUUACAGAUUCCAAUGCAUUAGAAGAACAUUUACAAGUUAAAUCUGACAUUAAAAGUAGAUACGCAAAUGUUAAGUCUGACAUCGGAAAUGAAGUAUGGAGGGAAAGAAAGAACUUAGAGAAACAGAAAGUUGCUAAACUGAAAGUUCAAACUGAAAAACAAAAUUUAACUGUUGUGAGCUCAACAAAAUCGAAGGGAUUUGUUUUGGAGAAACUUAAAGUGAAAAAUGAAGAAUGGAGGACACAGAAAAGUUCACACGUUGUUGGAAGUAAAACAGGCUUCGUAAAACCCGAAAAUUCAGAGGAUCAAACACAUUCAGUUGAACAUAAAUUUGGUAAAAUUGAAAGCAAAACAGGUGCGAUCAACAGUGCAAAUGAACAGAAGAAGAGUAUUUUUAAGAGUGAUAAUGUUAAUUUUAAAGAUUAUGAACAUAUUGGAGAGCAAGCCGGAGGAGUUUCUGACAUGAAGAAAAUGUUUGAAGCUCGAAUCUGAAGUGACUGUGAAUGUACAAACAAAUGUUCUUCAAGAGGUGCUCGUAUUAAAUUAUUAAAGGCAAUAUUGGACCAGGAAAAUUAAUAUGUGAUAUAAAAAAUUAUGUUAAUGAAGAACGUUACUAAAAACGUGGACUGUAUAUUGUUAUUGAACUGAAUUGUGUAUGCAACAUAGAACUAUUUUGUUGAAGACAAUCUCUCAAAUUGCGUACAGAUAGAUAUGCGCAUACUUAUUCCGAAAUUACGAAAUAAUCGAUUUGUGAGUAAUUGUUAAAACAUGGCUGUGAUGCUUUUGUGAUCCACAUAGAUUAUAAGAAGCAACAAGUAUGAACAGUGUGCAUGAAACAUUAAUACUUCUAUGAACGCAAUGGCUCCUUACAAGCCACUAAGGCCGCCAGACACCGAACUGUACAUUUUGAGAAUACCUUUAAGAAUGAUUAAGCUUCAUUAAACUGUUUGUAGUUUUUGCAAUCAUAUAACAACCGGAUGAUCUUCAUUAUCAAUUUUUAAGACAAAGCCUACAAAUACACGAAAAUCAGAAUACAGUAGUGAUUUUACAGGGAAAGUAAGCACACGUAGUCCUGUUAAAAGUGCCCCUAUAUAUCUAUAAAUAGCUCAGUCGAGGAAAAUCUCGAUUGGACACUUUAAUACGUUACGGUUAUAUUACAGACUACUAUCUGAAAUUGAUAUCCAUGAUGAAAUACUUAAACGAAUUGUUUGUUUCAACAUAAUUUAUUUUUAUUCAUUAAACAGUUGCCAAUUCAAUGUAUUUUAUUUUAAGCUUAUCCGUUUAACAGACAUUUCUUGUGUUCAAAAGAUGUACGACAUUUGGACGGCAUACAAAUGUCGGCUUUAAAAGCAAUGUGGUUUAUUGUGAAGAAAUGUAAGCCUGAGCUACAGAUAAGGAUUGUAAAGGGUGUAAAUACAAUUUAGAAAUCGCUUAUUACGACAUAAAAUUAAACAGCUGCUCGUACACGUACGAUUAAAAAAAAUAAAUACGGUGUGAAGUUCUUCCGAGUAUUUUUUACCGUUUUACGCUAGCGGUUUUGACUAAAUGCAACAUGGGUUUGUUAAAAUCGAUACACUAACCUAAAAGACUUAUGAAAGGUUGUAGGCCAAGAAAUCAAAGUACAUGUAGUAAAGAUUUUUUAAUUAAUCAGGACUUGUAAUUAGCUGAGCAACAUUUCAGUUUUUGUAAGUUCUUUUAUCAUUUGUACUAUAAAGUUCAUUAAGUGAAAUAAGUCAUUUUUGUAAUUUAAUGUAUCAGUACACUUUAGAAAUCGCCAUUACACUUUAUUGAAUGACCCAAGGGUGUAGCAUACACUUAACUAGAUUGCGUAAGGGUGUAAAAUACACUUGAAGUAAAAAGGUUAUUUGUAGCUCUGGUAAAAGCAUAAUCAAAUACACUCAUAAAUAUACAAUUACGUUUGAACGAGUAUUAAUGUCAACUGACCAGUGUAUGGCCAGCGUAAGGCACAGCGGACAUAUGCUGGUCAUUAGUGAUCGUCAAUAACAUAUAUGCAUAGGCAGUUUAACCCUUAAGCCGCUGAUGGCGAUUUUAAAGGCUUUGCAAACAGCUUGGAACCAGACCAGACGCCGAGUCUGGUUCCAAGCUGCUUGCCACUCAGUCAAUAUAUCCCCAAAGUUUUAAGUAAAUCGAAAGAAAUUUAGAAUAAAACAGACGACAUUUUUGAGCAGACGACAAUUUAAUCAGCAUGCAAAGCUAAUAUAGCAGAUGUUAAUUGAUGAGCUCCGAGUUAGAUCCGAACCAUACCGUCAAGAAUACUUUUAUACGGAAAUAGACGAUAUAUAGUAAACAGAACACGCUAACCAGUUGAUUGUAUAUAUAUAAGUUUUUGGAACCGUUAUGAGUCCUCAAUAAGUUCUGUAUCUUACCACACAUUCGCGUUCGAACACAAACCUUCGUCUUUUUAUCUUUUACCAUUUUUUUACUGAAUAAUCUCCCCUUUUACGUUUGUAGUAUUCAUUAACUAAGAAUAAGCAGAUUACUCUUACAUGUUGUUUUUUUAAUUAUGUACAUAACUUGACAGUUCCUAUAAAACAUUGUGUGCAUUGCCAGUUGCUUCUGCAGUAGCUCAAACUAUCUACAUUUUUCUGCAUGUUAUCUCUGUGCAAUACUGAACUAAAUACAUAAUAAUUAUAUCAAAUCAUAUUAUGCUGUAUUAUUUGCCAUGCAUAUAGUUUUAUUCAUUUUAACUCUGUCAUAUAACUUUUGAUUAUUUCGUUAACACAUACUUAUGUUUUCUUCUCAUACUAUUUUCUUUUUGUGUGACAUACCAUUGCAAUUAUCAUUGAAGUCCGAUGCAAUAUAUUUCAUUUUGAUCUCAAGUAUUGUCAUUUCACAUAGCAUUCAGCUUUGAUAUAUUCCACCUACAUUUUGUAGAAGUAACUAGUUGUGCUUUCGUUGCAUUCCUUAAAAAAACAUUGAGCACCUUUAACAUAUUUUCAUCACAUGUGAUACAAACAUCAUGAAUAAAUAGAAGUAAAAACAUCGUAGUAAUUUA